ACGUCUAGGAACCUCGUUUGAUUAGCCUUUGUUGACCACAAUCUGUUUCGACCCGUCGACCCCUCCUUCGAGCUUUCAUUGUUAACCCACGCGCGACAAGCACCCAUUCCAGCGUCACAAUGGCGCAACAGGGCGAAGCUGCUGGAUACUACUCUGGCGCACCACAGCAGCCACAGAACGCCUACAAUGGACAACAGUAUGGACAGCAGCCGCCCAUGAACUACAGCCAGCAACCUCCGCAGUAUGGCAACAACUACGCUGCACCCCAGGGCCCGCCGCCGCCGCAACACCCGCAGCAACAGCCUGGCUAUGCGCAGAUGGACUAUGGCGAAAAGCCAAGCUUCGACCAAGCGUUCAAGAUCGAGAGGCCGAAAUACAACGACUGGUGGGCUGGACUGCUCCUGAUCGCAGUAUUCCUCGGAUACGUCGCAGUGUCUGGGCUUGCAAUUAGGGGAUACUCGCAAAACAUCGGCUUCAACGGCGGCAUCUACGGCGGCCGCAACGACUUUGGAUUGAGCUCCAACACUGUCAUUCUGUUCGCGUUUGUGCUCGGCAUGGCCACUGUCCUUAGCUACGCGUACAUGCUGCUCGCAAGACAUGCCACAAAACAGCUGAUUUGGAUCACGGGGAUCCUCAACAUCGUUUUCGGAUUCGUCACGGCUCUUUACAUGCUCUCGCGCCGCUACUGGUCCGGAGGUAUCGUGUUUCUGCUGUUCAGCAUCUUCUACGUGAUCUGCUUCAUCAGCUGGAUUCCCCGCAUCCCCUUCAGCGUCUUGAUGCUGCAGACCGCGAUCGAUGUUUCGAAGAAGUUUGGGCAUACUUACUUGAUUUCGCUGAUUGGAGGUCUGAUUGCGAUGGCGAUGAGCGCCUGGUUCUCUGUCACGCUCGUGGCGAUCUACGCGACCUACCAUCCUGGUAACAAUCCUGCUUGCAAUAGCGGCACUGGCGGCUGCAGCAACGGCAAGGUCAUUGGUCUGAUUGUAUUCGUCACGUUUGCUAUGUACUGGUUCUCUGAGUGGCUCAAGAACACCAUCCACGUCACCAUCUCUGGCGUCUAUGGCUCGUGGUAUUUCAACCCCGAUCACGAGAAGUUUCCGAAGGGUGCGACUCGCGGCGCCUUGAAGCGCGCCCUGACCUACAGCUUCGGCAGCAUCAGCCUGGGAAGUCUGCUCGUGGCCAUUAUUCAAUUCUUGCGCCAGCUGUGCUCUGCUGCCCAGCGAUCGGCUUCCGGAGAUGGUAAUCUAGUCGGUUCGAUCCUCUUCUGCGUGCUUGGCUGCCUCAUCGGCAUCCUCGAGUGGGCUGUCGAAUUCUUGAAUCGCUACGCAUUCUCGUACAUUGCGCUUUAUGGAAAAGCCUACGUUGCUGCCGCAAAGGAUACUUGGCGGAUGAUCAAAGAUCGCGGAAUUGACGCCCUUGUCAACGAAUGCCUCAUCGGCCCGGUACUCUCAAUGGGUGCAACCUUCGUUGGCUACGCGUGUGCCCUACUUGCAUAUCUGUACCUGAUCUUCACGUCACCCGCAUACAAUCAGGACGGCGGCUACACACCCGUGGUUGUUGCGUUUGCGUUUCUGAUCGGUCUGCAAAUCUGCAAGAUCUUCACUACCCCGCUGAGCAGCGGUAUUGAUACAAUCUUUGUUGGAAUGGCUUGGGAGCCGGAGGUCCUGAUGAGAUUGCAUCCAGAUCUUUAUCACCGCAUGGUGGCUGUGUACCCCCAUGUGCAGCAAGCUAUCCACGCGUAGAAUUUUUAAGUGGGGCAGGAGGUCAUCACAGAGGAGAUGUUGUAAUGGGCGGUGAGUGGGCUGGCGAUAAUAAGACUCUCAGAAACAGAUCACGAUGCACGAUACGUGCCUCUUGUAAUCGAUCAAUCU